GGGGACCUUACAACCCUGACUCUGCUCUUUCAAUUUACAGUUAAGUGUCAACACAUUGGUUUACAGAGGGGGAAACCCUUUGUUCAGUCUGGGUAUAAAAUACUUAAGGAUGUUUGAGUUCAGUCAGUCACACCAAAGAAAAUCUUCAGUUUUGUCCAAGAUGGCCUGCUUCAAGCUCUAUUUCUCUCCUUCACUGCUGCUGCUGGUGCUCGCCUGUCCUCUGUGGCAGGUCAGCCAGUCCGUGCCAGUGAUGAGUCAAGGUCCACUGACGGACUCCUGUGUUUUUUAUGCACAGACACUUCUACAGAACAUCACUGAAACUCUCACACAGAAAAAUCUGUUCAGUGGAAUGGACUGCUCCCAGCAGAGUGUGGAGAUGAACACAGAGACCAGCACUGCCACUGUGUGCACACCAACGGAAUCAACAUGCUCGGGAAGCGUGAAGUCAGAAUUCAACCGGGAGUUGUGUCUGACAAACAUCAAUGAAGACCUGCAUCAUUAUUACAAAUUUCUAUCUGCUCAGCCGGAUCCUGACAACUUACUCGGCCAAUCUGUUCUGCUCAGCCUCAGGGAACUCAUGGAGAACUGCUUUCAAAGGUCUCUGCCGAGUGUUUUGGCUUCAGUGGAGAGAACUGAAGAGUCCUUUGAGAAAAGGUUGAGUCUCUGCAAAGUGCUGAAGGGCUUCUACGUCCGCACCAUCACGAUCAACAGAGUCAUUUCAUACAUACACUCUGGGGAACUCACUCAAUGAUUCCUCCAGCUCUAACAGAGAACAACUUUAUAAACAAGUUAGAUUAAUUAGUUAUAACUCGUGUUACAUUCAAGUAACCCAGUUGUGACAGAAAACACUUCUAAACCUAAAUAUUUAUUAUUGUUAUGUCGUCAUUAUAUGAGCUUAUAUUUGGCAUCAAGAUGGUGUGUUAAAGCUUAGUCAAUUCACAGACUAUUUUAUUUAUUUAAUAAUAUUUUUUCCCAUUUGGGAUUAUUUAUUUUAAACUAUUUAUUGUCAUGUUGUUCACUUGGUUCUAAGAAUCACCAAAUAAAGUUAUUUUUCCUGCAUGAAUUCUGCUGCUUGGAUAUUAUUUAACUUUGAUUACUAAAAAAGUAUUGCUGUGGUCUGAUUUGUGUUUUAUUCUCCUUAAUAAAGGGAAUCUACAGUGACAGCUAAUGCAUAUUGAUCAAAUUCAUCUAUACAAUGUCUUUUUCCAAACUGAUUAAUAAAAUAACA